AUGACGGGAUUUUAUUUCUUACAUUCAAUUUCCUCUUUCGUCCCAGUUAGACCGCCAUCACUUGUGUCACAACCUUGUCUGUUUAGUUUUAGUCUUAUUCCUAAUAUACAUGUGUGCCCUUCUCAUUUGGUCAAGUUCCCACCCAAUCCGAUAUGCACUCGUAGGCUUCCCAUUAUUGCUGCAAAUCAAGAAACUGUGUCUGAAGUUGAGUUCGAGGAAUAUUUGGAGAAGGAUUGGUCAUUUCUUGAAUUUGAUGAUACAGAUACUAAUGCAGAGCAUAUGCAGAAAAUUGAUCGCAUCAUUUCUGCAGGAAACAUCAAAGAAACAUCAAAGGUUCUUGUUUCUGUUGGUUCUGAAGCAUUUGUAGAUAGGAUCAUUUGUUCUUCCCCUUGUGAGCAGUUAUUCGUUGUCCAUGACUCUCUUUUCGUUCUAGCAUGCAUCAAAGAAAGAUAUGAUAAAGUCAAAUGUUGGCAAGGGGAAUUGAUAGAUGCGCCUGAGAAAUGGACGGCUUUUGAUGUCGUAUAUCUGUAUUUCCUCCCUGCUUUGUCCUCUGAACUCAAUCAGGUUCUUGCAGCUCUCGCUAAGCGCUGUUUGCCAGGAGCAAGAGUAGUGAUCAGUCAUCCCCUUGGAAGGGAAGCUGUUGAAGAGCAGAAACAGCAAUAUCCAGAUGUUGUGGUUUCCAAUUUGCCAGAGAAAAUGACUCUGCAGACGACUAUGGCUAACCAUUCGUUUCAAUUGUUGGAGUUCGUGGACGAACCUGGCAUCUACCUUGCUGUUAUGAGAUUCAAUUAGGAGUAGGACGACAAUGCAUUUGUCUUCAAUGUCGCAAAUGGUGUUUUAUCCAAUUCAGCUCACUGAUUUUGUUUAAAAGUGCCAAUGCAAGAUUUAUGGGUUUUCAGCCACAGUGCAAGUCUAAUGCGACUAUUGCUAGAAAAAGGAAUUAGCUUCUCUCAAAUUUAUGGAAUUGGAUAGAACUCUAUUGUUUAUACAGUGUAAGGUGGAAAAGUUUCAUUUUCUUCACA